AAGCCAGUCAAGUUUGCCUCACAUCCAUGAACCAGGCCCUGGACACCUGGUCUCAGCCCAGCUUUGCCCGCCUUGCUGUGUGAUCUUGGCUCCUCGCCCCGCCCACAGCCAUGGCCACAAUGGUGGCCCAGAAGCUCAGCCACCUCCUGCCCAGUUUGCGGCAGGUCCACCAGAUGCCUCGGCCGUCUGUGCAGCCAGAGCCUGUGUUCACAGUGGACCGAACCGAGGUGCCGCCCCUCUUCUGGAAGCCAUACAUCUAUGUGGGCUACCGGCCGCUGCAUAGGACCUGGCGCUUCUACUUCCGCACACUGUUCCAGCAGCACAACGAGGCGGUGAACGUCUGGACCCACCUGCUGGCGGCCCUGGUGCUGCUGCUGCGGCUGGCCAUCUUUGUAGGGACCGUGGACUUCCAGGGAGACCUGCACGCCCUGCCCCUCUUCAUCAUUGUCCUCGCCUCCGUCACCUACCUCUCCCUCAGUGCCUUGGCUCACCUCCUGCAGGCCAAGUCCGAGUUCUGGCAUUACAGCUUCUUCUUCCUGGACUACGUGGGUGUGGCUGUGUACCAGUUUGGCAGUGCCCUGGCACACUUCUACUACGCUAUUGAGCCCGCCUGGCAUGCCCAGGUGCAGACCUUUUACCUGCCCAUGGCUGCCCUUCUCGCCUGGCUUUCCUGCGCUGGCUCCUGCUACAACAAGUACAUCCAGAAGCCCGGCCUGCUGGGCCGCACUUGCCAGGAGGUGCCUUCAGCGCUGGCCUACGCACUGGACAUCAGCCCCGUGGUGCACCGCAUCCUCGUGUCCCCCAACCCUGCCACGGAUGACCCGGCUCUUCUCUACCACAAAUGCCAGGUGGUCUUCUUUCUGCUGGCUGCCACUUUCUUCUCUGCCUUCAUGCCUGAGCGCUGGUUCCCUGGCAGCUGCCACGUCUUUGGGCAGGGCCACCAGCUCUUCCAUGUCUUCUUGGUGCUGUGCACGCUGGCUCAGCUGGAGGCCGUGGCGCUGGACUACGAGGCCCGGCGGCCCAUCUAUGAGCCUCUGCACACCCGCUGGCCCCACAACUUCUCCGGCCUCUUCUUGCUUACUGUAGGCAGCAGCAUCCUCACUGCAUUCCUUCUGAGCCAGCUGGUACGGCGCAAACUCAAUAUCGCUCAGAAGACCCAGUGAAGCGGGGUGGCAGAUUUUAGGGAGGGAGGUAUAGUGGGGGCCCAAGGGUCCGGGCUUGGCUCCAGAUGGGAACAAGGCCUGGUAAAAUUGCUUGUGUCUGGCCCGCGGUGACUUCUCUGUACACGCCUCAGCUGCCAAGUGGGGCACUGGCCAGUCCUUGGAUUUGAGGAUUGGCUGGAGCUGCUGGGGUCCACUUCAGGGCCUGCCCCAGCUCCGUGCCCUGGGAGAGGGAAAAAGAAAGAUGUGGGCCACCCUGGUUUGCCUCCCCCCAUUGCCUCUCACUUAGGGGUGAGGAUGGAGGAUCAGCUGGGGCCAAGACACUGGCCUGGGCCUUCCAGAUUAUCUGGGAGGGGGUGAAGUUGGGAUUUAGGUCAGAGUCAGAUCUGAGCUGAGAGAUAGGGGAAGCAUCAGCAACUGUCCCCUACCCAGAUUUCACUGGUGGAUAGGGAAAGGACAGGCCCAAAAUGUGUGCAGGAUCUUACCAUUCUUGAACCCCAGCCUGAAGUUUUGAUGCUGCAGAGAGCCCCCAAAGAUAGAAGAUUGUGCCAGGUAGAAAUAGAUCCCAUCCAGUGCCCCAUACCUCUUCAGUCACUGUCCCAGACAGUGAGCCCUGACCCUCCUAGCUCUGGCCUCUAUGUCCCACACAUCCUGUUCCCAGUGUCUUUCCUGGUUCCCUUGUUCAUGAUUCAGUGUUUAUCCAUUCAGUAUUUCUUGGGCCUCUGCUCGGAGGCAGGCCACUGACUGGGCUCCGUGGAUCAAUGCAGGAUGGUAAAGGCUUUCAUAUUGGAAUGAACUGUCAGGGGAAGCACUGAGGAGGGAAUAAUUAGUGUUGCCUGGGACCCUCAGGGUCUUGGGUUGGGAAGGGUGAAUAGGAGUUUACAGAUGGAGAAGAGGAAGGGCAUUCCAGGUAGGGGGAAAAACCUGUCCAAAGGCCAAGAGGUAUGGAAGAAGGAGUUCACUGCGGCUGGAGUUAGGAGUGGUCUGGACUCUGAUGUCCUGGAUGCAAUAAAGUGACUGUGAUAA